CAACAGCACCGAGCAGCACAAAAAAAGGCUCCAUUCUGUUUAUUUAUUCAUUUUUUGGGGGGGACAAUAAAAUGCCAGAAGAGAAAGUGAUUCAACCGCAGGCGGUCCAAAGCCCUGGGACCCAGCAGAAACCAGAAAGAGGCCCCAUCCCCUGCCAGAACUGUGGAAAACCUUGCAAAGGAGAGGCCCUCCGAGUCCAGAAUAAACACUUCCACAUUAAGUGUUUCGUUUGUAAAGUGUGCGGGUGCCAGCUGGCCAAUGGGGGCUUCUUCCUGCGGCAAGGCGAGUACAUGUGCACCCUGGACUACCAGCGGCUUCACGGGACGAGCUGCUUCAGCUGCCAGGACUUCAUCGAAGGAGAAGUGGUGUCUGCGCUGGGAAAGACUUACCACCCGCACUGCUUUGUGUGCGCCUCUUGCAAGCAGCCAUUUCCAGCCGGUGACCGAGUGACCUUCAACGGCAAGGAGUGUAUUUGCCAAAACUGUACCCAACCUCUUCCUGUCCACAGUCCCGCGCCCAUACAAGCCGUCCAUAACUGCUGCGGCUGUGGGAAGGAGUUCACAAACGAACAAUCCCUGGUUGCACUGGACAAGCACUGGCACCUGGGCUGCUUCAAGUGCAAAGUGUGCAACAAGGUCCUCAACGCAGAAUACAUCAGCAAGGAUGGGAUCCCCUACUGCGAGAUGGACUACCAUGCCAUGUUCGGCAUCCAGUGUGAGAGCUGCAAGAAGUACAUCACUGGGAAAGUUCUGGAGGCCGGAGAGAAGCAUUACCAUCCGUCGUGUGCCCGCUGUGCUCGCUGUGAGCAGAUGUUUGCAGAAGGAGAAGAGAUGUACCUCCAAGGUUCCUGCAUCUGGCACCCUCCUUGCAGGCAAGCAGCCAAGCAGGAAGAGAAGAGUAAGGUGACCAGGACUUCAUCGGAAAGCAUCACGUCCGUCCCGGCAUCCAGCACAUCGGGAUCACCAAAUCGGGUCAUUUAUGCUAAGCUAGGAGAGGAGAUGCUGGACUACAAAGACCUGGCGGCCCUCCCAAAAAUCAAGGCCAUCUACAACAUCGAGCGGCCGGACAUGCUGUCGUACUCGCCCUACGUCAGCUACCCGGCCCAAGAAAGUCCGCACUACAGCCAGGGCAAUGGAGAGAAAUCCCCCUGUCAGCCGAGACCCUCCAGUCCAAGUUCGAACAGUUCUUUGGGAGGUUAUGGACGUUACACUCCAUCACGAUCCCCCCAGAAUAACAGCAGAGCAGGUAGCGAAAGCGGUCGGAGUACCCCCAGCUUAUCCGCCUACUCCGAUGGAAAAUCGCCGUCCUCCGGGUCGACGUACGUCGCUGCCCCUCGCCAUUUCCACAUACCUGAGCCUGUGGUCAAAGAUAAUAUCUAUAGAAAACCCCCCAUCUACAAACAGCAUGCUUCCAGAACUUCCUGGCAGGAUGGCGAGGAUAGCAAGAACGCCAGUUGGAUGAUGGAUGGACAGAUGGGCCCAGAAGACCUCGACCCAUGCAAGUCAACAUGCAGUUUGCCAAUGAACACCUACAAGCCAAGUUUUCCUCAUAAUAAGUUUGCAUCCUUACCUGGUUAUGGGAGGAACGGCAUCUACAAGGCUGCUGACAUGAUGGAGGACCACGCUGAUCCAGACUCUCACAGCUGGGGAGGCAUGAGAGAAUACAAGGUGUACCCCUAUGAAAUGCUGGCAGUCACACACCGAGUGAAAGUGAAACUUCCCAGAGACAUUGAUCGCACACGACUAGAGCGCCACCUAUCGCCCGAGGACUUCCAGAGGGUGUUCGGAAUGACGCUAGAACACUUUGACCGCCUGGCCCUAUGGAAGAGGAACGACUUGAAGAAGAGGGCGCGCCUUUUUUAAGACAGGAAAGGCCUGAAUCCACAAAUUAACAACAUAAUGCCUUGCCAUUAUAGUAUAGAACCGCCAUUUUGUCCAUCCUGAUGCGAUGCAAUGAUACACUUCAUGGCUUUACGACCAUCUGUGACUUAUGAUAGACUUUCUGUUUUUUUUUUUUGUUUGUUUUUUGCAUGACCACUCGCCUGCUUUUAAUCACUAGCUGACUGUUCUCAUGAUAAUUUAGCAGGAAAUCAUUCAACUGAAGCAAUCACGUAUUAUUUAUUAUAUGACCAUUCUUUUUUUUAAACCAUAUAACUCAUUCUAUAGAAACAUGUAAAGCAGGAUUAGAUAUAAACAAUACAUUUGACAUUUUAAAUAGUCAAAAAAAAAUCUCAUUAAAUAUUCCACACUUUUAUGACACCUGAAUUAACAAUCACAUAUUUUCACAUAAACUUCCUUCAUCCACUAGAUAAUAACAAAACUUUUUUUAUUUUUAUUAAUUAAGUAAAUUAAAUUGAUAAAACUAAAGUAAAACUGAACUACUCAUGCUUAAAUAAUGAUUUUUAACAUUAUUAUUCUAAGAGUAUUUGAUACCCACUAGUCAAUGUUUAUUUAAUGAUAUAAAAUACCAUUAUUAAACAAGUUCAAUUAAAAACAUACAGUGCAACGCAAUAAAAAUAUAGCGAAAAUUAGUGGUCAACCAGUAAAUAUUUCUGAUUCAUGUUUUCAUUUUUUAUUUACUUGUUACAUUUUUAAUUUGCGAAAAUAAAACCUAAAUAAAAUAAAGCUACCGACUAACUAUUUUUUUAACACUAAACAUUUAUAUUAUAAUGACAUGUCCUUGAUUGACCACAUGGAGACAAUUACCGAUCAGUUAUGUGUUUUUGAAAAUGUAUUUAUUAAUUUAAUGCAUAUUAGAAAAAAAGAAAACUAGUAAAAGACGUUGGAAAAACCGCAAAACAAAGAUUUUUUUUCAAAAUGGUCCACUUCCACGUUCUCGGUGUGUAUUGUCAUGAGAACUUUAUUUCCAACGUAUGCUGCACUGUAAACAUGCUAUUAUUAGAAACAUAUUUAUUAUUUCAACCCAUAUCUGCUAAUAAUUGUGUUUUAUAAGCUACUUCCUGGACAAUAAUGCAAAUAGGAGAAAUCCGGACACUUUGUUUUCAUACCGCUGUUUUGUGACAUGACAAAAUUAGACCAAGAUCAAUAAUUUUAAAACCUUUUACAUGACUAAUGUGACCUAUAAUCUGCACUGUACAACUCACUUGAAAAAAAAAAAUCAAUCUGGGGAAGUGAAAAAAAUACAAAAAAACAACAGAUAUUGUGAAUCACUUUCAAACUCCGUUUAAAGUGCCUCCUAAGAACCUCAAAUGAAGUUCAACUCUUCUCGUAGGCUUUUCCUGAUAUUUUUGGAGCCAUAUCUUGUACUCUGAGUUAUGGUCCACAGAACGUGAAGGCAUCAGUCAGGGGAAGAGGACACAAAAAUUCCCACGGCCUUCAAAAUACCUGGCGGGAACACACAGAAGACAUUCAUUAGCAAAUGGAGAAAAUAUGACAGAACAGGGACAUUGCCAAGAACUGGACGUCCCUUCGCAUUUGGAUUCAAUGGAAAGUGGUCAGGGAGGCUGCCUAGACCAUGGCCACAGACGGAGCUGAAUGAGACAAUAAUGCUUUGUCUAGGUCCAAAUAAACCAAGGUUGAUUUUUUUGGGGGGGCCGUAAUUCCAAAAUGUAUGUUUGAUGCAAACACAGCACUGCUCAUUAGCAAAAGAACACCAGACCUACAGUAAAGCAUGCUGGUGGCAGCAUCAUGGUUUGGAGUUGUUUUUCUUCAGCUGGAUCCGGGGCUCCAAAUACCAGUCAAUGUUUCAAUCAAUCAAUGUUUAUUUAUAUAGCCCUGAAUCACAAGUGUCUCAAAGGGCUGCACAAGCCACAACGACAUCCUCGGUUCAGAGCCCACAUAAGGGCAAGGAAAAACUAACAACCCAGGGGGAUGUCAAUGUGAAUGACUAAGAGAAACCUUGGAGAGACCGGAUGCAAUGGACGUCGAGUGGGUCUAGCAUGAUAUUGUGAGAGUCCUGUCCAUAGUGGAUCGAACAUAAUAGUGAGAGUCCAGUCCAUAGUGGAUCGAACAUAAUAGUGAGAGUCCAGUCCAUAGUGGAUCGAACAUAAUAGUGAGAGUCCAGUCCAUAGUGGAUCGAACAUAAUAGUGAGAGUCCAGUCCAUAGUGGGGCCAGCAGGAGACCAUCUUGAGCGGAGACGGGUCAGCAGCGCAGAGAUGUCCCCAACCGAUGCACAGGCGAGCGGUCCACCCCGGGUCCUGACUCUGUCUCAGUCAAUGUACAGAACCUUCAGGCUUCGGCUUGAAAGCUGAAAAGGAAAGGGGAUUUCAUCUUUUGGCAUAACGACGAGGGACACGUUCAAAUCAACAAAAUAAUUGUUUCACCAGAUGAUGAAUCGUUUUGGAAUCGCUCAUCGAGACCUCAAUCCGACCGAAGGUCUGACGGGACCUGCAAUCUUGACAGAUUUUCAGAUAUAUUUUGUAAAGAAUCCAGAUAUACUCUUACCCAAAAAGUCGGACGUUUUGAAAUUCUUCCCCUUAAAAGAUGUUGGGUUUUUUUCAAAGUACAAACCCGGUUUCCAUAUGAGUUGGGAAAUUGUGUUAGAUGUAAAUAUAAACGGAAUACAAUGAUUUGCAAAUCAUUUUCAACCCAUAUUCAGUUGAAUAUGCUACAAAGACAACAUAUUUGAUGUUCAAACUGAUAAACUUUUUUUUUUUUUGCAAAUAAUCAUUAACUUUAGAAUUUGAUGCCAGCAACACGUGACAAAGAAGUUGGGAAAGGUGGCAAUAAAUACUGAUAAAGUUGAGGAAUGCUCAUCAAACACUUAUUUGGAACAUCCCACAGGUGAACAGGCAAAUUGGGAACAGGUGGGUGCCAUGAUUGGGUAUAAAAGUAGAUUCCAUGAAAUGCUCAGUCAUUCACAAACAAGGAUGGGGCGAGGGUCACCACUUUGUCAACAAAUGCGUGAGCAAAUUGUUGAACAGGUUAAGAAAAACCUUUCUCAACCAGCUAUUGCAAGGAAAUUAGGGAUUUCACCAUCUACGGUCCGUAAUAUCAUCAAAGGGUUCAGAGAAUCUGGAGAAAUCACUGCACGUAAGCAGCUAAGCCCGUGACCUGCGAUCCCUCUGGCUGUACUGCAUCAACAAGCGACAUCAGUUUGUAAAGGAUAUCACCACAUGGGCUCAGGAACACUUCAGAAACCCACUGUCAGUAACUACAGUUGGUCACUACAUCUAUAAGUGCAAGUUAAAACUCUCCUAUGCAAGGCGAAAACCGUUUAUCAACAACACCCAGAAACGCCGUCAGCUUCGCUGGGCCUGAGCUCAUCUAAGAUGGACUGAUACAAAGUGGAAAAGUGUUCUGUGGUCUGACGAGUCCACAUUUCAAAUUGUUUUUGGAAACUGUGGACGUCGUGUCCUCCGGACCAAAGAGGAAAAGAACCAUCCGGAUUGUUAUAGGCGCAAAGUUGAAAAGCCAGCAUCUGUGAUGGUAUGGGGGUGUAUUAGUGCCCAAGACAUGGGUAACUUACACAUCUGUGAAGGCGCCAUUAAUGCUGAAAGGUACAUACAGGUUUUGGAGCAACAUAUGUUGCCAUCCAAGCAACGUUACAAUGGACGCCCCUGCUUAUUUUAGCAAGACAAUGCCAAGCCACAUGUUACAUCAACGUGGCUUCAUAGUAAAAGAGUGCGGGUACUAGACUGGCCUGCCUGUAGUCCAGACCUGUCUCCCAUUGAAAAUGUGUGGCGCAUUAUGAAGCCUAAAAUACCACAACGGAGACCCCCGGACUGUUGAACAACUUAAGCUGUACAUCAAGCAAGAAUGGGAAAGAAUUCCACCUGAGAAGCUUCAAAAAUGUGUCUCCUCAGUUCCCAAACGUUUACUGAGUGUUGUUAAAAGGAAAGGCCAUGUAACACAGUGGUGAACAUGCCCUUUCCCAACUACUUUGGCACGUGUUGCAGCCAUGAAAUUCUAAGUUAAUUAUUAUUUGCGAAAAAAAAAUAAAGUUUAUGAGUUUGAACAUCAAAUAUCUUGUCUUUGUAGUGCAUUAUAUUGAAUAUGGGUUGAAAGGGAUUUGCAAAUCAUUGUAUUCCGUUUAUAUUUACAUCUAACACAAUUUCCCAACUCAUAUAGAAACGGGGUUUGUAUAUGUACAGAUUGUAGGUCACAUUAAUGGUGGAAGGAGUUUGAAAUGCCUUAGUUUGGUCUCAUUGUUUUUUGAAGAGGUGUGCAUGUAUGUAUGUAUAUAUAUAUAUAUAUAUAUAUAUAUAUAUAUAUAUAUAUAUAUAUAUAUAUAUAUAUAUAUAUAUAUAUAUAUAUAUAUAUAU